GCACAAAGUUUGCGCACAGAAUCUGUUGGCCCAACCCAUGAGUUCACUCGUCAUUCCUAUGGGAAAGGCAUGAGAAUGCACAAAGUUUGCGCACAGAAUCUGUUGGCCCAACCCAUGAGUUCACUCAUGAGUUGGUCGGACACCGUAUGGAUGGCCUCGCAGUCGGAGGACAAACAGUUUACAGAGCGGCACAACUCGUACCAGAGAAAGGGUGCCGUAAGGCGUCGCGUGUAUCGCGUGAAUGGCCACAAAUUCACGCCAACCCGUGUGUGUCAACCGACCCGUUGCUGCCAUUGUUGCGAGUAUAUCGCGGCACUGCCCGCCGGAGCGGACAGAAUGUGCUACCAGUGCCAGGUGUGCUCGACAUAUGUCCAUAAAAAUUGUCACGAAUUGGUGAUCACAAAAUGUGCCGAUUGUAUGGAUGGCAUUGUCGCACAACAAUCGCUUACCACUUCCAGCGGUCGACUCUUCAAUUGGAUUAAAUGGAUAAGUGAUCACUCGUUGCGGUCAAAGCCGAUGGCCAAACACUGGUCAGUGGAUGAGAUGGUGGCCAAAGACUACGAGCAAAGGCUACGGGCGGCCACUUUGGGACGAUUCGCCACUUUAAGACACGUGUCUUCGGCGCUGACCAGCGGUCACUCCACCGACGAUCAGCUGAUCGGUCGAGUGGUCAACGUUUACGGUGUCGUCGAUGCGGUCAAUACGUACAACGAUAUGCAGAAGAAGGUCCAAGUGGUGGAUCCCACCGUUCAGACGCCCAUCACUUUCAUCAUCAAUAAUAUUAACACUAAUAUUGUCACCAAAAACAUCAUAAGACUCACCGGCGUUGUCAUCGUUACGUCCAUUACUCAAAAGAUGUUUGCGGUGAAUGAGCGCAAAAAUUUCGCUCAAUUCCACGCCUUUACUUAUGAUUACGAGUCAACGGAUCCCAACCGAUACGACAUCUUCACGGCCAACGCCACUAUUCAGCCCAUGGAUUACGACCGACCCGUGUGUCUACUGCUGGAGCAGUGGUUUGCUCACACAUUCCUCCGUCACAACAGCUUUGACACACUCUUCAGGGCUCCGGCACAGCAAAUGUCGGCCGAAGAGACUGAUAACGCGUCCACUGCGGCCGCUGUUACCCAUAAUAUUGCCGAUAAAUACGUGGACUUUGCGUGUCUUGUGAUGGCAUCGCAAUUGUAUAGUCAAAGCAUUCUUCUGACGUGUUAUGAUGGCUCUCAGCCGACAGAUAGUGUCCACAAUCACAGGCAAAUCAAUUACGAGGUGAUCGGCGCAGAGUUGCCCGCCAAUCGCUACCAUCGGUUGAAUAAUAUGUCGUUUCUGAUGCCUUAUCGAAUGGAUCCAAAGAAACUGGUGUUUGUGAACGUCUGGAAGAAUAGGUCGAACCAACACAACGACCACUUCGAUGUCGCCGAAGGAACCACUCUUAUGAAUGGCGACGAUUUACUGAUUCUCUUUAACGUAGAGAUUACUCGCUCUCCGGAGGACAGAUCCAGCGUUACUCUACACUUGCGAUCCGGUCGUCAUUACGGCAAAGGUGUUCGCAAAGUUCACCGCAACAGCAUUUUGGGCCGACUCUUGUUGGCCCGAAUCGGCGAUCGGGAGCGUAAAGUUGAUCGCGCGGUCGGUGGCGAUAGUGUUGCCGGCGAUGACGCUAUCGAUGACACUGUCGAUGAUCACCACAGCGUUCACAAUAACACAUUUGUCGACGAUAUGAAUGAAACCUUAUCUCUGCCACCACUUCUGGACGAGACGCCGAUCGUCGAAGACAUUGUGACCGUUGUUGACGAGCCAUUAGCCACUGAACUGUUAGCGCUGGGCUGUCGUCGACUCCAGAACCUCUACAAUCAACAGAUCCGCGAAAAAGACUUUCCGCCCGUUUAUCGCAAUUCUUAUAAAUAUAAUUUAAAAGACAUCGAAAAAGUAUUGGCAAAGAGUCGCCAAUUGUCGCGAUUCCCGGCCAAACGAUUUGUCGGAUCUGUAGGUCAGUGCCGACUCAUUGAAGAUCUAGAAUCACUGGACACGAGUGUGACCUCCGAUGGCGCGCAGCAGUCAUUGUUUCUUAUAAGAGCCAAAAUAGUGGAUCUGUUGCCGCACAGUGUGUUUCCUGUGAAGCAGUUUGUGAUCGUUCGCUGUCCGGUCUGUCUCUACUCCGCGACCGUUAAGAAUCUCGAGCACCAGAUCGGCGCCGAUGAGUGUCCGCUCGAUGAGUGUCCCGAUUGCGGACAACAGUCCGAGAAUAUAGCCAUUAAUCAUAACAAUAAUUCGUAUAAAUUACAACACUUUUACGCCAUUGUAUUCUUCAUUAAAGACUCCAAUUGUGACACAACUCGAGUGUGUCUUCGAGGGAACAGAGCUGUGGAUGUGCUGACCGGCGGUUUCGACGCUCGCGACCUAUUGGACGAUCCGGAGGCGGCUCUUCAAGCGGACAAUACGUUAUGGAAUAUAUGCGACACAUCUGACAGAUAUAAUGGCGUCGAUUGGAUAAUCCGCAGAAGCGGUGCCACAACUGGUGAUCAGCCCAUUCACGAAGUC